UCGUUCCAGGUCCUAUGGUCCAGCUUUGAAAACUUUUAUAGCUAAAGCCAGAGCAAGAUUGUAUCAUUUCGCUUCUCCUUCUUUUUCAUUUAAUUAUAAUUUUUCUUUUCUCCUAGAUCCGAAAGGAUUAGAGAUGUUGGGUGUGUUUAGCAGCGCCAUCGUUUCUCCGCCAGAAGAGCUAGUGGCAGCGGGAUGCCGGACGCCAUCUCCGAAGAUAACUUCGGAUGCGCUGAUGAAGCGCUUUGUCGACACUAACCCCUCCGUUGUAUCCUUACAGAUCGGAGACAACGCGCAGUUGGCCUACACCCACCAUAGCGAGUCCUUGCUGCAGCCCAGAUCAUUCGCAGUUAAGGAUGAUAUCUUCUGCUUGUUUGAAGGAGCGUUGGACAACUUGGGAAGUCUAAGGCAACAAUAUGGUCUUGCCAAGUCUGCAAAUGAAGUGAUUUUGGUAAUUGAGGCUUACAAGGCUCUUCGUGACAGGGCACCCUAUCCUCCCAACCAUGUUGUUGGUCAUCUUAGUGGGAGGUUUGCUUUCAUCGUCUUUGACAACGCUACUUCCACCUUGUUUGUGGCUUCUGAUCAAUUUGGGAAGGUUCCUCUGUACUGGGGAAUCACUGCUGAUGGAUACGUGGCCUUUGCCGACAAUAUUGAGUUGCUUAAGGGUGCUUGUGGCAAGUCCCUUGCUUCUUUCCCACAAGGAUGCUUCUACUCGACAGCAGUGGGAGAACUGAGAAGCUUUGAGAAUCCUAAAAACAAGAUCACUGCAGUUCCUGCUGAGGAGGAAGAGAUAUGGGGUGCUACUUUCAAGCAAUUGUGAGUUUUGGGGGGAUGAAUUUCAGGUGGAAGGACCAGCAGUUCUUGCAGCCAGAGAGUAGAAGAUUCCAGUAAGAAAAGAGAGUUUGUGAUGAAGGUGUACAAUGUGAAUUGCUGAGUAGGAAUGUACAACAAAUGCAAUGUAGUAUGGUUGUGAAAAGUAGUUGCGACUUGUUUUGUAGGUUGCUAGCUUUGUCCUAAGCUCUUCUGUUUCUUCUAUGUACAGCUAUGUUUUCUAACGAAAUAAAUUUAAGUUUGUUAA